GCUGAGCCUGUGGCAGCCGCCGAGACCCUGGCCGGGGUACCUGAGCAUGUGCUUCGAGGCCUUCCAGAGGAAGUGAGGCUUUCCCCAUCCGCUGUUGACAAGACUCGGGUUGGUGUCUGGGCCACUAAGCCAAUUUUAAAAGGCAAAAAGUUUGGGCCAUUUGUUGGUGAUAAGAAAAAAAGAUCUCAGGUUAAGAAUAAUGUAUACAUGUGGGAGGUCUAUUACCCAAAUUUGGGGUGGAUGUGCAUUGAUGCCACCGAUCCAGAGAAGGGGAACUGGCUGCGCUAUGUGAAUUGGGCUUGCUCAGGAGAAGAGCAAAAUUUAUUUCCACUGGAAAUCAACAGGGCCAUUUACUAUAAAACUUUAAAGCCAAUCGCGCCGGGCGAGGAGCUCCUGGUCUGGUACAAUGGGGAAGACAACCCCGAGAUAGCAGCUGCGAUUGAGGAAGAGCGAGCCAGCGCCCGGAGCAAGCGGAGCUCCCCGAAAAGCAGGAAAGGGAAGAAAAAAUCCCAAGAAAAUAAAAACAAAGCAAACAAAACUGAAGACAUACAGCUGAAGACAAGUGAGCCAGAUUCCACCUCUGCAAAUAUGAGAGAUUCUGUGGAAGGCCCCAGAGACGAAGACGAGAAGCCUUCCGCGUCCACCGCCGAGCAGACGGCCAUCCUUCAGGAGGUGGUGAGUCAGGAUGUGCCUCCGGAGCCUGCCCUCCCGCCCCCUGCCCAGGACCCCCAGGCGGGACCGGCCGCAGAGCUGGACGCGGCGCGUAGCGAUGCGAACGAUGUGGAGGAGGAAGAGGAGGAGGAGGGGGAGGAGGGGGAGCUGGACGAGGAGGAGGAGGCGGCGGCGGCUGGCGUGCCAGGCGGGAGCCCCGCAGGAGAGCUGGAGAUGCGGUGUGACGAGAGUCCAGAGGAUCUGUUAGAAGAGCCACGGACUGUUCCGAUGGGCGCUCUUGGAGACUCUCCGGAGGUAGCGCCUGCCGUCAGAAUUCCCAAAGCUAAAGAAGAGGCCAGUGGUGACGUGUUUGAAACGUUUCUGUUCCCGUGUCAGCACUGCGAGAGGAAGUUCACGACCAAACAGGGGCUGGAGCGGCACAUGCACAUCCACAUAUCCACAGUAAACCACGCCUUCAAGUGCAAGUACUGUGGGAAGGCGUUCGGCACGCAGAUCAACAGGCGGCGGCACGAGCGGCGCCACGAGGCGGGGCUGAAGCGGAAGCCCAGCCUGACACUCCGGCCGCCGGAGGCCCCAGCCGAUGGCAAGGCGCCCGGGGACGGCGCUCCUCCGAAGGAUGACGCGCAGCCUCCCAGUCUUGGGCAAGACUCUCUGACCUUGAAUUCAGAGAAGGCUUCCCAAGACACGGUAAAUUCUUCUGUUGUAGAAGAGAACGGAGAAGCGAAGGAGCUUCACCCGUGCCAGUACUGUAAAAAGGUUUUUGGAACUCACACUAACAUGAGGCGGCAUCAGCGCAGGGUCCACGAGCGCCACCUGAUUCCUAAAGGCGUGCGGCGAAAAGGGGGUCUCCUCGAAGAGCAGCAGCCCCCGGCAGAGCAGGCCCCGCCCGCCCAGAGUGUCUACGUACCCAGCACAGAGCCAGAGGAGGAAGGGGAGGCAGACGACGUGUACAUCAUGGAUAUUUCUAGCAACAUCUCUGAAAAUUUAAAUUACUAUAUUGAUGGUAAAAUUCAGACCAGCUGCAGCACCAGUAACUGUGAUGUUAUUGAGAUGGAAUCCAGUUCCGCAGACUUGUACGGUAUCAACUGUCUGCUCACUCCAGUUACAGUGGAAAUAACUCAAAAUAUAAAGACCACACAGGUCCCUAUAACAGAUGAUCUUCCUAAAGAGCCUUCCAGCAGCACGAACAGUGAGUCCAAGAAACGGAGGACUGCCAGUCCUCCUGUGUUGCCCAGAAUUAAAGCUGAGACCGAGUCUGAUGCCGUAGCACCUUCGUGUUCCUUGAGCCUGCCUCUCGGCAUAUCAACCACAGAGGCCGUUUCGUUCCACAAAGAGAAGAAUGUGUACUUGUCAUCGAAGCUCAAACAGCUUCUUCAAACCCAGGACAAACUGACUCCUCCUGCAGGGAUUUCAGCCACUGAAAUACCUAAAUUAGGUCCUGUCUGUGUGUCCACGCCUGCGUCGAUGCUCCCUGUGACCUCGAGCAGGUUUAAGAGGCGGACCAGCUCUCCGCCCAGCUCUCCACAGCACAGUCCUGCCCUUCGAGACUUUGGGAAGCCGGGCGAUGGGAAAGCCAUGUGGACUGAGGCAGUCCUGAGUUCCAAAAAGCCCAAAUUAGAAAGUCAUGGCAACUCACCAGCAUGGAGUUUGUCUGGGAGAGAGGAGAGAGAAACUGGGAGCCCUCCAGGCUUUGAUGAGUAUAAAGUAUCUAAAGAGUGGGCAGCUAGCUCUACUUUUAGCAGCGUAUGCAACCAGCAGCCACUGGAUUUAUCCAGUGGCGUGAAACAGAAGGCUGAGGGUACAGGCAGGGCUCCGGUCCAGUGGGAAUCUGUGUUAGAUCUCAGUGUGCAUAAAAAGCCUAGUGGUGACUCCGAAGGCAAGGAAUUCAAAGAAAAUCAUUUGGUGCAGCCAGCCUGCAGCGCUGUAAAGAAAAAGAAGCCAACCACCUGCAUGCUACAGAAGGUCCUUCUCAAUGAAUACAAUGGCGUCGACUUACCUGUAGAAAAUGCUCCAGAUGUGACCAGGAGCCCCAGUCCUUGUAAACCCCUAGAUCCUCAGCCGGACCCUGACCUUGGUCCCGACUCUAGCUUACCUGCCCCUCCUGGCGAGUCUCCUCCUUCGUCACCUGCCCUGCAGACGUCUUCCCUUUCUUCCGGGCAGCUGCCGCCUCUCUUGACCCCAACCAAUCCCCCUUCCCCCCAGCCCUGUCCUCCUGUGUUAACUGUUGCCACCCCACCCCCUCCGCUGCUUCCUACUGUACCUCUUGCGACCCCCUCUUCCAGGGCGUCCCCUCGUCCGUGUUCCUCUCCACUCUCGAAUGCCACCGCACAGUCCCCACUUCCAGUUCUUUCCCCAACGGUGUCUCCCGCGCCAUCUCCCGUCCCUUCCGUGGAGCCCCUCGCGUCUGCUGCCUCACCGGGGCCGCCGACGCUCUCUUCGUCCUCCUCCUCCUCUGCUUCGCCUUCGUUCUCCUCUUCGUCCUCCCCUUCUCCUUCGCCACCUCCUCUCUCAGCAGUAUCGUCUGUGGUUUCCUCCGGGGAUAAUCUGGAAGCCUCUCUCCCCAUGAUAUCUUUUAAACAGGAGGAAUUAGAGAAUGAAGGUCCGAAAGCGAGGGAAGAACCCCAGUCUGCCACUGCGCGGGAUAUCGUUCAGGAGACAUUCAGCAGAAAUUUCGUCUGCAACGUCUGUGAAUCACCUUUCCUCUCCAUUAAAGAUCUAACCAAACAUUUAUCCAUUCACGCCGAGGAAUGGCCCUUCAAAUGUGAAUUUUGUGUGCAGCUCUUUAAGGCUAAAACUGAUUUGUCGGAACACCGCUUUUUGCUUCACGGAGUCGGGAAUAUCUUUGUGUGUUCGGUUUGUAAAAAAGAAUUUGCGUUUUUGUGCAAUCUGCAGCAGCACCAGCGAGAUCUCCACCCCGAUACGGUGUGCACACACCAUGAGUUUGAGAGUGGCACCCUGAGGCCCCAGAACUUCACGGAUCCCAGCAAGGCCCACGUCGAGCAUAUGCAGAGUUUGCCGGAAGAUCCUUUAGAAACGUCUAAAGAAGAGGAGGAGCUGAAUGAUUCCUCAGAAGAGCUCUACACGACCAUAAAAAUAAUGGCUUCUGGAAUAAAGACGAAAGAUCCAGAUGUUCGAUUGGGUCUCAAUCAGCAUUACCCGAGCUUUAAACCACCUCCAUUUCAGUACCAUCACCGCAACCCCCUAGGCAUUGGUGUGACGGCCACAAAUUUCACCACACACAAUAUCCCACAGACGUUUACUACCGCCAUUCGCUGCACCAAGUGUGGGAAAGGUGUGGACAACAUGCCUGAGCUGCACAAGCACAUCCUGGCAUGUGCUUCCGCUAGCGACAAGAAGAGGUAUACCCCGAAGAAAAAUCCAGUCCCCCUGAAGCAGACUGUGCAGCCCAAAAACGGUGUGGUGGUUUUGGACAACUCUGGGAAGAAUGCCUUCAGGCGAAUGGGACAGCCCAAAAGACUGAACUUUAGCGUUGAGCUCAGCAAAAUGUCCUCAAAUAAGCUCAAGUUAAAUGCGUUGAAGAAAAAAAAACAGCUUGUCCAGAAAGCCAUCCUUCAGAAAAACAAGUCUGCAAAGCAGAAAGCCGACCUAAAAAAUGCUCCUGAGUCGUCCUCGCACAUCUGCCCGUACUGCAACAGAGAGUUCACGUACAUCGGGAGCCUGAACAAGCACGCCGCUUUCAGCUGUCCCAAGAAACCUCUUUCUCCUUCCAAAAAAAAAGCUUCCCAUUCAUCCAAGAAAGGAGGACACCCAUCACCUGCAAGUAGUGACAGAAACAACGGCAACAGCCACCGCAGACGGACAGCGGAUGCAGAGAUCAAAAUGCAAAGCAUGCAGGCGCCUUUGGGCAAGACCAGAGCUCGCAGCUCGGGCCCUGCACAGGUCCCACCGCCCUCCUCGUCCUUCAGGUCCAAGCAGAAUGUUAAAUUUGCAGCUUCGGUUAAGUCCAAAAAACCAAGCUCCUCCUUAAGGAACUUAAGCCCGAUACGAAUGGCCAAAAUGACUCACAACGAGAGCAAGAAGCCCAAAGCUGCAGCCAAGAAUCAUGCAGCUCAGCUCUCGGGCAAGACGUCUCGGAGCCUGCAUGUGAGGGCACAGAAAAGCAGAGCUGUCUUACAGAGCAAAUCGGCCUCGGCCAGUAAGAAACGGACAGACAGGUUCAAUGUAAAAUCUAGAGAACGAAGUGGGGGGCCAGUCACCCGAAGCCUGCAGCUGGCAGCCGCUGCCGACCCGAGUGAGAACAGGAGGGAGGACAGCAGUGGCAAGCAGGAGCUGAAGGACUUCAGCUACAGUCUCCGCCUGGCAUCUCGAUGUCCUCCGCCAGCUGCCCCGUACAUCACCAGGCAGUGUAGGAAUGUCAAGGCCACAGCUGCAGCCCAGUUCCAGGGAUCCCUCUUCAAAGAGUAG